AUGGACUGGAACGAGGCCAAGAAUGAAACGAGUUCAGUUCACUCUGAAGUCAAGUCAAAACGAGGCGACGACUGUGACAACGCGUCGAGGACGUCGUCAAUGCUGGUUAUAAUAAAGCCAGUCAUCAUCAUCGUCGUCGUCAGCGGCGGCGGCGGCGCGACGGCGACAGCGGCAGCGGCGGCG